AUGGUUCUCAAGGCUGGUGACAAGUUCCCUGAGGGUGUCAAGUUCNNGGGUAUCUGGGCUCCAAUCCUCGACGAGGACCCUACCGUCUGCGGUAUCCCUCAGCUGUACGAUGCCAACAAGGAGUGGGCCGGCAAGAAGGUCGUCCUCGUUUCCGUCCCUGGUGCUUUCACCCCCAGCUGCUCCGCCUACCACCUUCCUCCUUACGUCCAGAAGUUCCAGGAGCUGAAAUCCAAGGGCGUCGACAUCGUUGCCUUCAUCGCCAACAACGACGAGUUUGUUCUCAACGGAUGGGGCAAGGUCAACCGUGUCCCCAAAGGCGAGGACUUCCUUAUGCUCUCCGACAGCAAGACCUUCUUCUCUGAGAACUACGGCUGGCAGGCUGGCCCCAACAAGGGUGAUCGCACUGGUCGCUGGGCCAUGAUUAUUGAGAAGGAUGGCUCCAUCAGCUAUGCUGAGAACGAGGCCCACCUCCAGGACGUCCAGGUUUCGUCUGUCGAGGCUGUCCUCUCCAAGCUCUAG